CGGCUCGCCGGUCCCUCUUGGGCACGGCCUUGCCGGUUUGGCGGGGUGAAAGGUUGCGAAGAUGGCGACGGCCUUGAGCGAGGAGGAGCUGGACAAUGAAGACUAUUACUCGUUGCUGAACGUGCGCAGGGAGGCCUCCUCGGAAGAGCUGAAAGCUGCCUACCGGCGGCUGUGCAUGCUUUACCAUCCCGACAAGCACCGGGACCCGGAGCUCAAGUCCCAGGCGGAGCGGCUGUUUAACCUUGUGCACCAGGCUUAUGAAGUGCUCAGCGACCCCCAGACCAGGGCCAUCUAUGACAUCUAUGGGAAGAGAGGCCUGGAGAUGGAAGGAUGGGAGGUUGUGGAGAGGAGGAGGACGCCAGCCGAAAUCAGGGAAGAGUUUGAGCGGCUGCAGAGAGAGAGGGAGGACAGGAGGCUGCAGCAGCGCACCAACCCCAAGGGGACCAUCAGUGUUGGCAUCGAUGCCACUGACCUUUUUGAUCGCUACGAGGAAGAGUACGAAGAUGUGUCCGGAAGUGGCUUUCCGCAGAUUGAAAUUAACAAGAUGCACAUAUCCCAGUCCAUUGAGGCACCCUUGACAGCUACAGACACAGCCAUCCUCUCCGGAAGCCUCUCAACCCAGAAUGGAAAUGGAGGGGGUUCCAUUAACUUUGCACUUAGACGAGUCACUUCCGCAAAGGGAUGGGGAGAGUUAGAAUUUGGAGCAGGGGAUCUGCAGGGACCUUUAUUUGGUCUGAAGCUGUUCCGUAAUCUCACGCCAAGAUGCUUUGUGACGACAAACUGUGCUCUGCAGUUCUCCUCCCGUGGGAUCCGGCCUGGCCUUACCACCGUCCUGGCCCGGAACCUGGACAAGAACACUGUGGGCUACCUGCAGUGGCGGUGGGGUAUCCAGUCGGCCAUGAACACUAGCAUCGUCCGGGACACCAAAACCAGCCACUUCACGGUGGCCCUGCAGCUGGGAAUUCCUCACUCCUUUGCACUGAUCAGCUAUCAGCACAAAUUCCAGGAUGAUGAUCAGACUCGCGUGAAGGGAUCCCUGAAGGCCGGCUUCUUCGGGACGGUGGUGGAGUACGGAGCGGAGAGGAAAAUCUCCAGGCACAGCGUCCUGGGCGCGGCUGUCAGCGUGGGAGUCCCUCAGGGCGUGUCUCUCAAAGUCAACCGCCCUGGCCCCCGCGCCGCUCCAGAGAACAGCAAGCCCACUCCUGCAACCAGACUGUUAAACAGGGCCAGUCAGACUUAUUUCUUCCCUAUUCAUUUGACGGACCAGCUCCUUCCCAGCGCCGUGUUCUAUGCCACCGUGGGGCCACUCGUGGUCUACUUCGCUCUUCACCGCCUGGUCAUCAAGCCGUACCUCAGGGCUCAAAAAGAGAAGGAGUUGGAAAAGCAAAGGGAAAGCACAGCCACUGACAUUCUCCAGAAGAAACAAGAGGCGGAAGCUGCCGUCCGGUUGAUGCAAGAAUCUGUCCGAAGAAUAAUUGAGGCGGAGGAGUCCAGAAUGGGGCUCAUCAUCGUCAACGCCUGGUACGGCAAAUUCGUCAACGACAAGAGCAAGAAGAGUGAGAAGGUGAAGGUGAUUGACGUGACUGUGCCCCUCCAGUGCCUGGUGAAGGACUCGAAGCUCAUCCUCACGGAGGCCUCCAAGGCCGGGCUGCCCGGGUUCUAUGACCCGUGUGUAGGUGAGGAGAAGAACCUCAAAGUGCUUUACCAGUUCCGCGGCGUCCUGCACCAGGUCAUGGCGCCAGACGGCGAGGCGCUUAGGAUACCAAAGCAGUCUCACAGGAUUGAUACAGACGGAUAAACUGCUCGAGAAACCAGAUUUCCAAGAGGCUGCAAAAAAUCUUUUCCCGGGAGUCUACAAAUUCGGAAGCAGGGAAAAAACCCAGACAUCAGAUGUGUUUAUUUUACAUUACUCCUAUAGAAGGUGGUACCGUAUCAAUUAUGUGGAGGGACACACGGACACCCCGCUUUCAUGGGUGCUGUAGACAGGACUCGGGCCGCCCCACCUGGACCAGAGCCGCAGCGUGGCCUGUGGCUGUUUUCCCAAGGAUCAUGUCCCCAGAGGGAAGGGCCCUCGGCCCCCACCCCAGCCCAUCCCCAGGUUCCUGAGCCCGAGGGCUGACUGCAGCCACCCACCCAGUAGCUCUCAGUCUGUCUUGAGGUAUUUAUGAAAUGUCCUGCCUCACACACAGGACUGUGAACUACUUUUCCUAAAAUCCACAGAGCAUGGAAAACAAAAUGGAAAAGAAGGAAGGUGUUCUCAUGAGUCUCACGAGCAGAGGCCUCCAGAACGAGUGAGCGUCUGUCCGGUCAACUUCCCCAAAACCACUUUUUCCUGCUGAAAUAUUACUCAGUGAAUCUGGAGAGGAUUGUGUGGGUUUAUAAAUCUGCUUUUUAUCUCAGAACGAAUGGUUUUGGAAAUUAGUGUCUUUUUUCCCCCCCUCCCAGAACUUCUCGAAUCAUUCCACUGGCAGGUGGCUUGGGACAGAGCGGUAUAACCCCCGGUCCCAGGGUCCAUCCCUGUCACAGGUCACUUCCUCCCAGGAGCCACCCGUGUCCUUGUGGAGAGAGGCAGGUGCGAGCUAAGCCAUCCCUCUCAGCCUGCCCCCCCUCCCCGUCCCCCACGGCUCAGCCUGACCUGCCUUUGCCCCCCCACACUGGAGCACCGGAGCGGGGAGGAGAGGGGGAGCCCGGGCGGGCGGAGACCCUGGCCCAGGUACGUGCCAAAUCCCUAGCGCAGGGAGAGGCCGGCGGGCCUUGCUUGCUCUCUCACUCACGGCCAGCAGGUGGCGCUGCUGCUCCCACACCUCCUCACGGGGGUCCGGUGUCCGCCCCCCUGGGUCCUCUUCCCUCACUCGGUUCGCUCUGUAGAUGCAGAAUACUUAGGAGCCGGGAUGCUCCCGAACAGCCCGGUGUGUUGACCAAGAGUCACCGCUGAGCAGAGAGGCCCCCCUGGACGGUGGUGGCCGUGACAGCCCCCUGCAGCUGUCGCUGAAGUCAGGCUUCACUCCCCAACGCCGGUACCGGAGUAAUCGCUAACACCCCUCUCCUCCAGUUUUCAAAAACAGUUCAGGUUGUCCAAUUCUGUAAUAUUUAUCUCUCUUUCAAAAAGUUUUCCUCUGAGCUGCUGCUCUGAAUGUAAAUCGUGCAAUAAGCGUGGUGUGAAACAUCGGACUUUGGGGCGCGGCCGUGCGCUCCCUCCGCGGCAGGUGGCUCGUCAGGGCACCGAUUCUCGCAAUUUUGUUUGAAAUGGACUGUACGGAAGGCGCUCUCAGCGUAAUAAAUCUUUCCUGAAAACGGGA